GCUUCACGUGACGCUCCGGAGGAAAGGACGUCCCAUUGCUCUUAAAACUCAUUUCCCUGCUUCUCGUGGUUUCCUUGCGUCUCUCCAUGCUUCCCUGGUGGGAGGGACUAGUCGCAGGGAAACGACGCAAGUGAGGGACGCAAGGAAUCCAUUUAACCGAAGUGAAACGCAGCCUCUGUGGGGUUUCGAUGCAAGUAGGCCCCUGCUCAGCUGCGGUUCCCCAUUUUAUUUAAGAGCAAACAACCACUCAAAGAAUAACCAGUGAGUUAGUUUGAGAAAAUUAAAGCCUUGGCAAUGGAGAGGAGGAUGUAUACAUUGACUCUGCUAUCUAUGGUGUUGUCAGGUGUCGGUGCCGUUGAAGUGAGCAUCCCCAAGAGAGUAUAUGAGUUUGCCAGGGGGGACAACAUCACAAUACCCUGCACCUUUAAACCAAAAGGCCCCCCCCCUACAUAUGUUAUCAUUUCAUGGUCUGUUGAAGCUGUUGGUGCUGUUGGUGCUAAAGAGAUCAACAUCGUCACCUAUUAUUCUGAUGGGAAAAUCACUGACAUAAAAGCACUGUAUGAGGGUCGGUUGUCCCUGGAUGUCGAUGUUCCCGCGGGGAAGGCCAUCCUGAAACUCUCCAACAUCAAACUAGAAGACAACAAGUUGUUUCAGUGUCGUCUUCAGAUCCCCUUAGAUAAUGAGGGCACCCAAGCCGCCACUACACGUUUGGUGGUUCUAGUGGCUCCAUCUACUCCCGUCUGCAAGAUGCAGGGUAAAGCAGAGUACGGCAAGAACGUCAACCUGACCUGCCUGUCUGAGGAAGGUUCCCCUACACCCACCUAUACAUGGCAAAGUCAAGAUGUCAGGAACAUGCCUCGUGCUCGUGACCCCAGAACCACAGACAAGGGAGGCAUACUGUCUCUGUAUAAUAUCUCCAAAGAUACAUCUGGAUACUUCGUCUGCACCUCAAGAAACAAAAUCCGCUCUGCUACCUGCAACAUCACCCUCACAGUCAUGCCACCUUCCAUGAACAUUGGGUCCACUGCAGGAAUCAUUGGUGGAGUGGUUGCCCUGUUGAUAGUACUCAUCAUCGUCAUCUAUUGCUGCUGCUGCAGGAAGAAGAAGGAUGAGGAAUACGCAAUGGGAGUUCUUGAGGAAGAGUACAGUGACAAAGAGCCAGCUAGGAAUGGUGAUGGUCGCCGUCCUGAUGGGCACGAGGACCCCCAAGGUUAUGAUGACUCCAGCGUGAGGAGGAGCCCUGUUGAGCGCAACGACCGCAAUGAGGAACGGAGUGAGCGCGACUACGAUCGCCGCAAGGAUAAUGAGGAUGGGCGCAGCGAUUAUAACGACCGUCUAAAACGCCACAACUAUACUAGAAUUUAGUGGAAGCAUAAUCUGUCCUUUUUAGGGUAAAGUUGUUUUUGGGAGGAUCAUUUGAAGAAGAGCAGGAAGCAAAAUGGCGGCCACAAAGCCUAUCUGAUCCAUUUUAAAUGGGGCGGGGUCAGCCUAGGGCAUGAUCUGUAUUUUAAAAAAAGUUUUUCUAAUGAAGAAAUUAGCUGGUAUUUUAUCUUUAAACUCAACACCAUAACAAGCAAGGCCUUGUUAUGUGUCUGCUUAUGUGUGGUUUCUGCUGUUGGGUGUAACUGGUGGUGGUUUUUCUUUUCUUUUUUUUGGAACCUACCUCCACACAAAAGACUUCAAUUUUUCUCACACUUCAUUGAAUGAUGUGUUUAUUUCAGUUAGACACUGUCAAUACUUGUAUAGUAUACUGAGCCUGUUAAAUGUCCUCCCUAUUUGGUGCGUCUAAUUUUUCAAACCAUGACAUUAGAAACUAGAACUAGAACUUCUUCUUUUUCUUCUUCUUCUUUUUUUUAAAUCACAAAUUAAAUUAGCAUUAUUUAAUACUGAUUUUUAAUAUAUAUAAUUGAACAUGUGCAGUAUAAAACAUCCUUUACCAUGCCACCUUCAAAGUUGUUGUUCUUAUGUUGAAUUUUAUUUUUUAAUAGGUUCCUAUUAAAUGAACAAUGGCAAAUGUACAUUAUAAAUACUACUAUUUUAUCUCAACAAUGGUAAUGUUAUCUGUUUUAUAUUUGGAUUUAUGUUGUGAACAUUGUGUGAUGCAUUCCAUUCCUGAAUUAUGCUGUAAAAAUUAAGCUGAAAUAAAUCAAUAAAACAAC